AUGGAAAGGAUAGACUUCAGUUAACUUUUUAAAAAUAAUAAUUGGGAUCCUUUUAAGAUUAGUAGAAGCUUAAUUUUAGAGAUAUUACUUUAGUUAGAUAGUGAAAAGAAGAAUUAAAAUUAGUAAAAUUAAUAAAAAAACAAAGAUGUACUAUUAGAAUCAAAGGUAAUUAAUCAUGCAUAUUUCUUUAAGUGUGAGCAUAGUUUUAAAUAUUUUAUUUUACAAUUAUGA